AUGGGUUGUCUUGGGCGAACAUUAAAAUGUGGUUUUGGAGCGUAUCCAUGCUUUCUGUGUUGUGUAAAAAAUUCUCGAGAAUCGACCACAACACGGCUUGCGUACACACUUAUUCUUGUGUUUAUAACAUUUAUGUCAAUUGCAUCACAUGAGGGUGGAGUUUUAAGUUCGCUGUAUCUCAGACAUAGAGACAAUUUUGAGCAGUUUUGCUCUCAGAUUGGAGCUGGUGAAGGAUGUUACAGAAUUAUAGGAUAUAUUGGUGUUUAUCGUAUAUGUCUUUCUCUCUUCACUUUUCAUAUCCUAAUGACAUUUUUCACCAUCGCAGUCUCUUCCAGUCAGACUUUUCGGGGAAAAAUUCAUAAUGGGUACUGGUUGUGGAAAGUGUUCUUUAUUGUCAGUUUGUGGUUUACUGCUUACUUUUUCCCAUACCUAGAAACCCUCACUAGAGUGUGGAUGAUUGUGGGAAUCGUUGGUGGGAUUUUAUUUGUCUAUGUACAACACAUAACGCUUAUCGAUUUUGCUUAUGAAAUAAAUGGAAACUGGCAUAAUAAAUCGAAAACUUCAGUUUUUUAUACAUUAGCUAUAUAUAUUGUCACCUUGUCACUGUAUGCUGUGGCUAUUUGUGCUUAUACUGCCUUUGUACUCUUUUAUGGUUUACCUCGUCAAUGUACAUUAAAUCUAACUGUCACGGGUAUUAACGGAGGUCUUACAUUAUUAUUUGCUAUAUGUUCUGCAUUUUCCACCAUAUUAAGAAAAGGUCAAAUGUGGUUACCAGGUGCAAUCACUUCUGCAUUUGUAGCUUUUCUAACAUGGUCAGCUUUAGGUAGUCAACCGAGAAUUUUAUCAUCGAAUUUUCCGUGGCAAAAACAAACAGUAAAAAAGAUGAACGAUGUACAAGAAGAGCGAAAUCUUACUAUUCACCCGCUAGUUGUUGUUGCUGAUCAGUUGAAUCGUUUAUUAUCUCACCAAUUCACUCAAACCACUAACCAAGUCAAAACAUCACCGGCAUUACCAUCUAAAUUAAAACCAAAUAUUACUGAUCCAAUCGUUUUAGUUAAUGAAUGCCUACCUGGUGGUGUGAAUAAAAUCAGCGAACAUUUAGGCAAAGAUAUUGUUACAUUGUUAGGAAUUACAGUUGUGAUUAGUGGAUUUUUAUAUUCAAGUUUUCGUGCAUCUAUGCAAGCAAGACGUUUAGGUAUUCGAACACGAAGAGAACGUUUGAAAGCUCUCCUGCCACCUAUUCAUGAAAACAGCCAAUUUAAUGAAUCUCCUCUACAAGCUUCCUGUAAUAACAAACCUACUCAGUCUUCCAAUUCAGUUGUAACCGAUAACUUGAAUAAAUCUCCAAUACGUUUCAUGAAUUAUAAGGAUGUGAAGCGACAAGAGCAUGCAUUAAAUCUACUUGCUGACGCUGUGGCUGAUUUACCUAAUCCAAAGGUUUUUCGCAGACCUUCAGCACGUCAACCUCGAUUAAAUUUACAAGCUCUUAAUACAUCAAAUGUAAUAUCUCAGAACAUAGGGAAUAAUGUAGGCAAUUGUCGUGUAAAAAAUAAAAAGGAUAAAUUAUUCGCAUCUCAUAAUAAUGAUGUUGCUGACAACAAUCACAAUGUUACUACCAGUGCUACACCUACUACAACUAAUGGUAAAUCUACUUUACGCUUAGCAUCCUCUGAACCAGAUUUAACAAUUACUAUGAGAAAUUAUUCACGUCAACGUGGCGAUAUACGUGAUUUAGAUUGGUCAAUAAUUAAUAAUGAUGAUAAUAAAAAUAAUAAGUCAUCAAAGCAUAAAACUGAUAAACGAUCUCGUGAACAUUCAUUAACUUCAUUAAAUCAUCGAAUUGGUUAUUUACGGCAUAAAAAACUGAAACGAUCUAAAAGUCAAUUGAAAUCAACAAAUCUUUCAAAUGACAAUAAAAUUAAUGAUAUACACGGUAAUAAUAGUUUGUUAACUUUUGAUGAUAGUGAAGAUAAUGACAAUUCAAUGUUGAAAGAAACAAAACCUUCUAAACUUCAAUUUCGAAAAAAAAUCAAAAAAACUUGGCGUGGAACAUGUCGUUUAAAUUCACAUGAAAAACGAAUCGUCAAUGAUUUAUAUUUAUUUAGCGCUGAUAGUCUCCCUGAAAAAGUGGGUCCGAACGUUUACUUAUCUGUUAGUCCAACAACAAAUAAUCCCAUACCAAUGUUAGCUAAUGUUGCUAGACGAUCACCAUUAGCUAGUAAAUUCCAUCCACAACCAUUGGAUUUAUCAUUUAGUCAACAGCAGAAACAACAACAUCCAUCUCAUGAUGACAUUGAAUCUUCUGCGUUGACAUCACCUAAUCAUUUAAGAUAUCGUCAAGCUAGAUGGGCUAGUGAAAUAGCAUUGAAUAAACGUACUAGUGGAUUAUUUAAUAUAGAACCUGGACUAGUCAAUUCAUUAAGUUUCCUUGGAACUAUGCUAAAUACUGCUGCACCACGUGAUGGUUAUACGAUGUAUAAUGAAGCGAUUGCAUCAGUUUACUCUUAUCCUUGGUUUCAUUUCAUUUAUGCAUUGGCCACUUUAUAUCUAAUGACUCAAUUGACUAAUUGGUACAAUCCACAAAUUUCACGUGUCGAUACUCUAUCAGAAUCAUGGGCAAAUAUGUGGAUGAAACUGGCAUCUAGUUGGUUAGCUUUAAUAUUGUAUGCAUGGACUAUAGCUUGUCCACGACUGUGUAUUGGUCGAAAACUUGGUGCAGUUCCAUUUACACCGCGUACACCACGUGCUAAAAUCUCACAAACUAUGCCAAUUGUUUAG